UGCAGCGGUGCUGACUCUAUCCUACCGGCUGAAAACAAAUAAACGACAAAGAAGAGUAUGUUGCUUCACGCGCAUUGCUUCCGUUCUGGUUGAGUCUGCGAGUUGCUGCUUCAUAUAUUUUCAAAAAUGAGCAGUAUAGCUACGGAUAAUGAUAAGGAUCAAGCUGAUGCAAACGCUACAAAUGCUCAGCCUCCACCACCUGCUCCAGGUCUCGCACCACCUGGACCGACGGAACCCAAGAAGUCCAAGAAGAAGAAACACAAGCCCGAAGGAGACAGAGUAAUAGGUCCGGCCGAAGACAUCCUGCCAGCAAGGCCGGAACAGUCCAUGCAAGUUACCCAUCCAGGGAGUGCAACGAGCGCAACCUCCAAUGGGGCACCUCUUCCUCCAGAUGUACAGCCUGCAAGUGGAGCCGUUCCCACUGCACCUUUUAGUGAUAGCGCUGCUGCCGAGCCUCAAGGUCAAGACAUACAAGAACCGACUGCUGUGGCCCAUAGAGAAACCAUUGAGGGCAAGCCACCCAAGUGUGAUGCACCGCCAGCAAUUCCAGUGUCCGUUGCAGCACCUUGCGACAAGUUCCCCAGUCGGCAUGAUCAGGACGAAAUGGACAUAGGCUUUGCGUUGCUGGUCGCCUCCCUUGUCACUUUCAUUGUAUGGCUGAUCUUUCUGUCACUCCAGGAGAAACAUCCCAGUGAGAGACAUGCCACGAAUGAGACGGAGUCUACGCAUGAGACGGAGUCUACGCAUGAAUAACCAGUAACAAGCAACAAUAUUCUAUUGCCAGUCAACUGAAGAAAAGAAGCCCUUGGAUGAGAACAAUUAGUCAUGACGUGACCAUUGCCUCUGUGGAAAACACGUUAGAUUACAAAACCAGUUGUCUGCAUUUCGCAAAUUAGAACUUUUAAUGUUUCAUUAGCAGCUGAUUAUUUUGUAAUUGAAUUUAUGUCCAGCACUUUGGCUGUCGUAGAGUUCUGAUUGGGAAUAAACCUUGCUAAUACAGAACA